CGGAGAACUCUGCAAAACAAGAGCUGAGGAUUGCGUUAGCGAUAAACCAGUUCACUCCGGAGUGCUGGGCAGCCGCGGCUCCGUCGAACCCGGACGCUUGGUGGGACUCUGAGGAGAAGCUCGGCCCAGCGGGACCCCCCUCAGGCCUCCUCGGGUAGACGCCCCUCUGGCGCCAUGGGUAAAGGCGACCCGAAUAAGCCGCGGGGCAAGAUGUCCUCGUACGCCUUCUUCGUGCAGACCUGCCGGGAAGAGCACAAGAAGAAGCACCCCGACUCCUCGGUGAACUUCGCCGAGUUCUCUAAGAAGUGUUCGGAGAGAUGGAAGACCAUGUCUGCAAAAGAAAAGUCGAAGUUUGAAGACAUGGCGAAAAGUGAUAAAGCUCGCUACGACCGGGAGAUGAAAAAUUACGUUCCUCCCAAAGGCGAUAAGAAGGGGAAGAAAAAAGAUCCCAAUGCUCCGAAAAGACCACCAUCUGCCUUCUUCCUGUUUUGUUCUGAACAUCGCCCAAAGAUCAAGAGUGAGCACCCGGGCCUCUCCAUUGGGGAUACUGCAAAGAAAUUGGGUGAGAUGUGGUCCGAACAGUCGGCCAAAGAUAAGCAGCCCUAUGAGCAGAAAGCAGCUAAACUAAAGGAGAAAUACGAGAAGGAUAUUGCUGCAUAUCGUGCCAAGGACAAAAGUGAAGCAGGAAAGAAGGGCCCUGGUAGGCCAACUGGCUCAAAGAAGAAGAAUGAACCAGAAGAUGAGGAAGAGGAGGAGGAAGAGGAAGAUGAUGAAGAUGAGGAAGAAGAGGAUGAAGAUGAAGAAUAAAUGGCGAUUGUGUGUGGAAUGUGUGUGUGCGCUCAGGCAAUUGUUUUGCUAAGAAUGUGAAUUCAAGUGCAGCUCAACAUUAGCUUCAGUAUAAAAACUGUACAGAUUUUUGUAUAGCUGAUGAGAUUCUUUGUAGAGAAAAUACUUUUUUUUAUGCAGAUUGUAGCUUUUUGAGGGGCUACUACAUACAGUUAGAUUUUAAAGCUUUUGAUGUUGAAUGUUCCUAAAUAUUUAAUGGUUUCUUUAAUUUCUUGUAGCACAGCAAACUUCAUAGGAAUGAGUAUCAUAAAUUUUGGGUUUUUUAGGAUGUUGCAUUUUGUUUUUUUAAAAAAAUUUGUAAUAAAAUUAUGUAUAUUA